AUGGAACCCUUCGACACCGACCGCUUCAUAACAGAAAUAAACAAUCGUCCCACUACAUGGAAUUUACUACUGCCCGAAUAUUCAAACAAAGUUUUAAAAAGAAAUGCUUGGGAUGAAUUGUGCCAAAUUUUUUAUAACAAUUUCAAUGAAAAACCCAGUAAGGAAAAAAACCUGGCAGUCAUUGAUCUUCAAAAAAAAUGGAAGAGUAUUAAGGACGCUUAUAAAAGAGACAAAGCGAAGAACAAUAACUGUUCCAGUGGAUCUGGAGCUAAGCCUAGAAGACCCUACAUAUAUUCCAAUUUGCUAACUUUUUUAGACCCGCUUUACGAAAUAAGAUCUCCAAGUCAAAAUGAUGAUGCAGCACUGGGGCAUGACAAAGACUGUGACUUUCAAAAGCCACAUUCACCAAAGAAGUCUAAAAAGACUCCAAAACAUGAAGACCCACAGGACAAAUUGUAUGAAGCACUGACAGCAAAUCUCAAACAGUCUAAAGCGAAUAAUACAAUUUUAUCUGAAAAUCCCGACAUACUGUUCUUAGUUUCAUUAGCUAAAGAUUUUUCGGCCAUCAAAGAGGAAUUUAAGUUAGAGGCCAAAGCUGAUAUGAUAAAUUUAAUUCGUAAAUAUAAAAAUAUGGGACAGUCAGCGAGAACAUUACAUGAAAAUAGAUACCAAGGUACAUUUCAAUAUGAACAUCAGUAUGGAUACCAGUCUGGAUAUCAGUCUGAAUUUCAGCCUCAAUAUCCAAGUAAUCAAUCAGCGCCAAGAAACGAAUCUGUCAGUUCACAAUCUGUCAGUUCACUCCAAAAUUUGGAUAGCAAUGAAUCAGUUACAAAUGACUCCGAUAUCAUAUCUGACAUGUAUGAUGAUAUUGAAUAA